AUGGCUUCGGAGCAGUGGUUCGUGGGGCCCCUGCCUCUGCCCGGCCCUGGCCAGACACCGCCCCCCGACGACUCAGCAGCCGGGCCGCAGUCCUGCGGAGAUCCCCGCUGGCUGACGUCCCCCGGCAGGCCUGGGGACCCACUGGAGCCGCUGCUGGAGGCCCCCGCCUGCACGCCUUCCCCGGAGGAGUCCCUGGCCCCUGAGCCUGGGCCAGUCCCAACUCGCUUACCCCUCGACACCAUGUUCAGCCCCAUCACUGAACAACUCCGCUACCUGCUGGGCAAGGCGGAUGACUUCCAGAGCUACCUGCUGUACAGCAGGGAUCGUGUCCAGACGGAGCAGCUGGCCAAGGCUAUGCCCACUUUCUUGCAAAUGUGCGAGCCCUACUUCCUGUACCUGGAGGCCGCGGCCAGAAGCGUGCCUCCCAUCCACGGAGCCCUCCAGGAACUGGUCCGGAAGGCACUGCUGGAAGUCUCCCAACAGCUGACCCUGCGCUUAGAACAGCUGGUCCUCAUGUAUGCUUCCUUUGGGUUGGUAGACCUGGAGGAGACGGACCCCUUAAGUAUCUCGUCUUUCUUCUGCGGGAGGUUCUCCCUCAGCCCUACCCACGAGGUGUCCAUCUUCAGAUACUGCGCCCCGGCUGCCUACACGGCCGCCCGCUUCCCCCGGUACCUCUACAAGAAGAUGCGCUGGAAUCUGGAGACCACCCUGGAGCCCAGUGGCCAGGGGCAGCACAGCCGUGUGGAUUAUUACUUUCUGUGCUACCGAGACACGUGGGAAGACAGCGGCAAGACCCUGGCCAACUCGUGCCCCCAGAUCCAGAAGCUGUGGUCCAUCGGCCGAUGGGUGCCCCUGGGACCAGCCGAGGACGACUUGUAUUCAUGGAUUUUGUGCCCGCAGCCGCCUGGGGACUACCAGCAGCUGCUGACCAUCGGCUUCGAAGAGCCCUCGCACAUGCUGGCCACCGACCUACUGGUCCAGAUCCUCACGGGCCAGGCAGGCCCGGCCCGGCCCCCGAGCGCUGCGGGGCCCGCGGCUUGGGCCGCGCAGGGGUCUUGA